AUGGAUAACACUAGCCACAACCAAUGCUCAACAUUGAAUCAUGUAACAACAACAAUAUUUGCAUCAAUGGAUAGUGGUAGUACUAGUGGUAGUACUAGUAGUAUUAAUAAUCAUAACAACAUUCAUCCUACUACUACAAAUGUUCGUACCAGCACCAACACCACAUCCGCACAUGCACUCCAACCAAAGAGUGUUGUUGCAAGCAUGCAUUCAAGCAUGAUCAACAACAUGUCAUCAUCGAGUAUUCAACAACAACACACUCCUCCUUCCAAGAGCUGCAACAACAUGUUGUCAUCCCCUAAUACAUUCCAAUCACCACAAUCCUCUUCAUGUGUUGGUGGUGGUAGUGCUGAAGAGCAGCAGAGACGACCAACUCAACAACAACACAUGCGUUCGAACAUGCAUCACAACAACAACAUGAUGAUGCAUCCACCUCACCAACAACAACAACAAGAUACAAAUGUUCCUUCAUCAUCAUCACCACCACCACUACUCUCUCAACAUUCCGAUCCAAAUGGAAAAUCCAAAACCAAAAGAAAGAUCCACCCAAAGAAAUCUGCAACGAUCAAAUUUCAAAUCGAAAAUCCAUCAGAUCCCAAUUAUAAAAGUAUCACACAAAAAUCAAAUUAUAAGGAAAUUACAUUGGAAGAGAUGAGUCAAUAUUUUCAUUUCCCUCAAACACAAGCGGCAGAAUUGUUGGGUGUGAGUUUAAACGAGAAUGUGAGUAUUUCACAUUCAAAAUCAUCAAAUUCUUUAUUUUUGAACCAACAGCGAAGAUUUUAUUCAUUUGGAAUUGGAAGAUGGCCAAGUUAUGAAAAUACGACUGCUAACAACAACAACAACAACAUUAGCAACCACCAUCACAACACGAGUAAUCAUCAUGCAACUAUAUCACCACCACCAUUACAAUCAUCUCCUCCUCAAUCCUCUCUGCCAACAUUUAAUGAAUUCAAUAAUGGAAUGUUGCACUCAAAUGUAGUAGUAUCAUCAUCACCAACAACAACAACAACCACUCAACAUGGUCCCAAUACGAAAGAGGAUUCAAGAGAUUAUUUUCAUAACAAUAAUAAUAAUAAUAAUUCAACAGCUUUGUUCCAUUCUUCCAAUGCAACAACAUCCUUACGAAAUACGUCAACAACAACAACAACAACUAUAUCCAAUCAAUUAUUUUCUUCACCGAUUGGAAAUAGUUCACAACACAUCCAUUCCAAUAACUUUUCUCGAAUUUCAAUUCAACAGCCACCACCAAAUCCAUCCUAUUUGUCAUCAUCUUCUUCUGCUGUUCACUCUCAUUUGAGAAAUACACUUCCACCCUUAACAACAACAAGUAUUCACCAUCAUGAUUCGACUCGAUUAUCUCCAUCCAUUCAAUUUGAUAAUUCUUCAAUCGAUUAUAGCAAUCCUAUCUUGAGUCAAAGGUUUUCACACUCCACUCCUAAUUAUUCAAACGAUUCAAAUAGAUCUUCCUAUUCAAAUUCCAUGAUUGGAAAUUACCACCACUCUUCACCAACAAGACCUAUUCCAACAAUGUCACAAUUUACUUCAAAUGAUGGGUCAAUGAGACUUCCAACAACAAGAGGAAUGGUCACAGAUCAUCAUUUGCAUGACUCAUUACCCAACUCAACGCACCCAUCGAGUUCCAAUCAUGGACAAUCACAAGGAAAUUCUCAAUCCUAUCGAUAUCAUCCCUAUCAACGAGUGCCAUCACCACAACACUCUUCCUCCCUUAUGAAUGAUCAGAAAUUCAUUCAAAGAACACAAAGUGAUAAGAGAAAUUUUAGUUCUUUUCAGAAUGAGCAAUAA